AUGCCCAAUCCCUGGGACCACAAGUAUCCCUCGCCGCUCGCCGGCUUCGAGGACGCCCCUCCCCUGUCCGACGAGACGAACGAGGACGGCAAGAGCCUCGUGAACCCCAAGCGGGACGGGCUCAGCGACGCAUAUCACCGCUUCACCACGCCUCUGAGAUCAGACCGUCGCGGCGGCUUUGACGUACACAUCUACUACUUUCAGCAGAACCCGGAGCAGGCCACGUACGCGCGCCAGCUCUGGGAGCGCAUCCGACGCGAGUUCCCUGAGCUGAGGGUGUACAAGUUCUGGGACCGCCCCGUCGGGCCUCACCCCGUGGCCAUGUUUGAGAUCAACGUCUUCACGCCCGCCCAGUUCGGCGCCUUUGUCGCGUGGCUCUCGGUCUGGCGCGGGCCCUUGUCUGCCCUCGUCCAUCCCAACACCGUGGUGGAGGAGGGCCAGGCCGCCAACGAGGUCGAGUUGCGCGAUCACACGGACAGGGCUAUUUGGAUGGGCGAGAGAGUGCCCCUGGAUUGGGCGCCGUUCGGACCUCGCGCGUGA